GAACAUUCCACAAUUGACCAACUGGUAACGUCAUCAACUGUCAUCCACGGUGUCUUUAUGCGCUUGAAAUGUCGCAGAUUGACAGCCUUUAUAUUCAAUUUGCUGAUUACUGGCAUACUGCGAUAUAUCUUGCGAAACAGCAGUGCGUACGCCGCAAGUGCGCUGCGGUUUACAUUCUUGAACUUUGCAAAUCAAACUGCUAUGUCAACGUUGACGAUUGAAUCCCGCGUUUUAUAUCCCAGCUCUUCU